CUUCUUGGGUUUCCCAUUGCUUUUCUUGUAUGGAUUUAUGAAAGUAUAGCUGAGUUGAGUCCUGAGUUUUGUCAACGGGUUGGGAAAAAAUUUCCACGUUUGUUGAAUUGGAAGAGUACAGAUAAUGCGUUCUAUGCAAACUUGGUGGGAAAGGUUUUCAACAAUCAGAAGAUAUAAUCUUUUUGUUUUGUAACUGGUUUCUUGCUAAAUUUGUUUGAUUCAUUUUUGGAUUUUUGUUUGUGUACCUGGUUUCAGUUGAUGGUAACCAGUUUUUUUGAUUUUGUAUAUAUAUAUUUUUAAUUUAUUCAGUUGACUAUCCUGAAUGUCUAUCCGUCUUCUGAGGAGAGAAAGAAACUGGCAGUAAAGAAGUUUAAGUUUGAGCCUCUAUACUUGCCGAAUGUGUGUGCUGAAGAUGGAGACAGUAGUCCGGGUACCCAGGUACUGGUUAGUUUUGUUGUUUGUUUUAGUUAAAAAAAAUAUAUUAUUUUGUUUUGAAAUUUAUAGGUUUCUUUUUAUGUUUUUUUUUUUUUUUUUUUUUUGCUGUUUUGGAAAGUAUUUUAUUUUGUUUUUUAGGUUGAUAGUGAAAAGUUGAGAUUGAUUUGUGAAUCAAUCUCAUCAAUAAAAGCAUGCCAAGAAACUAUUAUUAGUGACAUUGCAGUUAUGAGAUCUGAGUUCAUGGGGAAACUCAGUGAUUUAUCUGCAAUGAUUGCAAAAUUUGUUGCAAAAAAUUCUGAAAAAGUUGCAAAUUCAAGUGAUGAAAGUGCUGGUUUUAAUGAAGGGGAAAAGCCAGAUGAUUUUGAUAAUGUUUCCAGUCCUAUUUCUGAUGAUUCUAAGGAUUGUGGAAAUGAUUCAGCUGAAGAGUCUGAUGGUAGUAAGGUAACUAGUUUAUUUUUCUUAAUAGUAUGUUUUCUUUCUGUAGUUGUUUAGUGUAACCAGUUACUGUUGUAACCAGUUUCAUUAUUUCUUUUAGGGUGUUGAGAAGGAUUUAAAUGAAAAUUUUGAUGCUGUUUAUUCUGGGUUGGAGUUGUCAAAUGUUGUGGGUGGAGAUAAGGUUUUGUAAUUUAUUUUUGUUUUGUUUCUUGUAUUAUUUUAUUUAAAAUUGAAUUUGUUGUAAUUGAUUUUAUUUUUAUUCAUUAUAGGAUUUUACAAACAAGCCUGAGUUCAGUUCAGUUGGUUUAAGUUUUGAAGAAGUAUAUGUUGAUCCAGAGAUUUUGAGUGUUAUUGAUAAAACUGUUAAGUAUGCAGAAGGAGAAAAGAAAUUUACCAGGAGUAAGGAUGAUUGGAAGGUUGUGAUGGUUGGUGAUGAUGAUGAGGUUCCUGUUGCUAUUGAAAAGAGGGAGCAUAAACCUAGUACUCAUGUCAAGUCUCCUUUUGUUACUGAGUUUGGUUCUUCUGAUGUUAAAGAAACUGUGAAGAGGAAGGGAGUGGAAGUGAUGAUUGUUAGAGGAUUGCUUCCAUUUGAAAAUGAAAUAGGGCAGAAUGUUUCAAAGAAUGAUUGCCUGGAUUAUAUUUCUUGGAUUGAGGAUAAAAUGAAUUUUAAGAAUAAGAAGAAGAAAUUUUCUGAUGUCAAUAACAUUAUCAAUCCCCCAAUGGAUUAUUCAUUUGUUAAAAUUUCUGAGAAAAUGUGGUUUUACAAGCUUCAAACUUGUGGGGAGGAGCUUAUGGACACUGUAAGUAACCAGGUUCUUGUUAUAAUGUUUAUUUAGUAGUAUUUGUUUAUUUAGAUGUUUUUUUUUUUUUUUUUUUUGUUGAUCAUGUUUAAGUCAAGUAACCAGGUUCCUGUUAAUAAGUGUGUAAAAUAUUUUUAAAUUUUGGGUAGUAACCAGGUUCUUUGAAGCAUUGUGUGUAACUUGUUUUUUUUUUAUUAUAUAUUGGCUAGUAACCAGGUUCUUGGUAUAAUGAUUCUUAAUUAGUCUUUGUUUUGUUUAGAUGUUUUGUUUUUGUUGUUGAUCAUGGUUAAGACAAGUAACCAGGUUCCUUUUAGUACUGUCUGUAAAUUGUUUUUUUUAUUUAUGGGUAGUAACCAGGUUCCUAACUUUUGUAUGUUUAUUUAUUUUUUGUAGCAUAUAAAUGUAUGUUUUUAUUACCUGAGGAAG